GCUGAGGUGAGGCAGAACGUUUCUUGGCACAGUAGAAGUGAAACUCAAGGGCAGGCUGAUUGUCUGGCACCUUCAGAUGGACUUGAUUUUUCUCUGAAGAAUCAUAGAAUAUCCUGUGUUGGAAGGGGUCUACAUGGAUCAUCAAAGUCCAGCUCCUGGCUCUGCAGAAGGCAACCCAAAGAAUCACAUCAGUGCCUGAAAGUGUGGUCCACAUGCAUGAAAUCAAUUUUUUCCUGUUUUCAGGCACAGGAUGCUGUUUUUGUGAAGAUGUUGAGCAUGGCCUACAGUUUCUUUGGCACCAAUUGAAGAUUAUUUUUUGAACUGGCACCAUGGAAGGCAUCAGAGGAACCUCCUUGCAGGCUCAGAGGUUUGGCAAUGGGACAUUGGCAACACAGCUGUGCCAGUUGUCUGUAGCCUUUCCUGCCCUGAUGUUUUGAAAGCAAGACAUGGAUGUGAAAAUUCAAGAUUACUAUUGCAAUGUUCCUGACAGAACUGAGAGCAGAUCAGAAGAUCCCUGAGUUUAGAACCAACCUGAGGAAUGGUCCAAAGAGGCAGGGAGGCAGUGGCAGCACAUCAGAAGAGGCAUACAGAGCAUGCCCAUCAUUCCCAUGUAUUACUGAAUCAAGAGGAGCAAGGAGCUUCACAAACCUACAGCCAGCCUGAACCAUUGCUCCACAGGAGUACAUGUUUUUCAUUCAAUAUAAGGAAGCACUGAGCAACACCGGCUUAAAGUGAAAGUGAGAAAAAGGAAUAAGAAUUUCGUUUAUUGUAGUGAAAAUAUUAAUACCUCAAUAGGAAGAAGGAAAGCUUUAUUUGGAAAGUUCUGCAGUAUGUGAAACACCUGUUAUUAUAAGUAUUGAUGAUACUGAAGAAAUAACAAGGCUCUACAGCACAGAAACCUGUGUCAACAGAUACACUGAGAGUCCUGUGGAUCAUUGCCCUUUUGGACCCUUGGGACAUCGCAGAUGCCUGUGGAGCUGAGGGCAGGGCACAGCAGCCUGACGUCUGGGUGGAGAUGGCGUAAGAAAGUGCUGGCAGCUGUGGCAGCUGGAUUGGUGAAAAGGAGCUUGGUUCCUCUGAUGUACAGAAUGAAAGCUGAGAUAUCAGGUUGUCCCCAAAGGACCAAUCCUUUCAACCAAACAAACCAAAGAGAGAGACACAUGCUGUUUCAUAAGGAUACGCCUGAUUUCCAGAAAUAACCAUGUUUUUGUGGCUUAAACUCUUAGCAUUUGGUGUUGCAUUUCUGGGACAGGAUGCUCUUCUCAAAGGGCAGGAGACAUCAACGACUGGACCUGGUGCCAGCCCCGCAAACAGCACGCACUUCUGGGCGCGGGGGCAGCCCGAGCCCAGCCCCGGCACGGCGCCGAGCAGCGCAGCACGCACCGGCAGCUCUGCUGCCCCCGCCGCACGCACUCCUCCUGCCGCCGGGAACGCUGCCCCAGAUGAUUACAAUUCAACAUCAUUGCACAGCACCACCUCAUCAGUCACCAUGCCAACAAGCACUGGGAUCAGCCCCAUUCUCAACUCCACUCACACAAUAGAAGAUACCACGGUGAUACCUGAAGCAGAUUGUGGUAUUUUUGGAGACAUAGAAGACAGCACAACCAACUCUGAUAUGGCUGUAGUUUCACUGAAUUUUCCUGCAAAAGACGGCAGAGAAUAUGUUAUUUUGGGGGGUGACAAAAACAUAACUGUGAGUUCCGUAAACACUUCAGUAGAGCUUCCAAAAUGCCAGGUGUACACUGUUGAAGUUAAAAUUGGCGAGUGUUCAGAAAAGACUUCUUUUCAAGUUCCAAAAGAUGUCAAUAAACCUUUUCAAGUCAAGGACAUAACCAACACAUCUGCCAAGUUCUGCUGGAAUCACUCACUUACAUGUGCUAAUGUGUCUGUUGCCUGCAACGGAUUUCAAAAUAAUUUUAAAAAACUUGGAAAUGUAACUUGUGGAGUGCUGGAAGUUUUAUUACCACACCAUCAGUACAACUGCACUGCAUACAUGUAUUUUAAUGGAAGGAAUGUUGCCAGCCAAAGCUUUGACAUAGAAACAGACUAUGGUGUUCCAGAAGCACCACGGAACAUUAAAGAAACACAUAAAAAUACCACAAGUGUAACAGUUGAAUGGACAAAACCUAAUGACAUUUCGAAGGGUCCCAUAGAUGGCUACUUUGUGAAUUUCACUGUGGGAGACAAAAGUGUUUGUUGGGAAAAUAUCAGCACAACUGUCUAUACUUGCAGUGGAUUUGAUCCUUAUACCACAGGUUCUGUAUAUGUGAGUGCAUAUACAAUCAACAAACGCAAUGACACACUUGAAAGUAAAACUGAAAACUAUAUAUUUACAACAGAAGAAGGAGUACCAGAAAAAGUGGAGAAUGUUAAAGUAGCAUUGACAGCUGAUAAUGCUGUCCAGAUUACGUGCAGAAAACAGAGAGUGUUUGGACCAAAAGCAAUAUUUUAUUUGAUUUGGGAGAAUGAUGAAAAACCUGAAAAGAAAGACAAAUGUGAAUUUAAAAAAGAAAAUCUCUUGUACUUGACAAACUAUGCAUUUAAGAUCUUCGUGUCUAAUGGAAAACAUAAUGGGACAGCUGUAGUGGAGAGUAUAAAAACCAGAUAUAAUUCUAGAGCCUUGAUUAUAUUCUUGGCAUUCUUGAUCAUUGUGACUGUAAUUGCUUUACUACUGGUUCUGUACAAAAUCUAUGAUCUUCACAAAAAAAAGCUGAGCAGUUCUUCUGGAGGCGUGAGCCUUGUUGCAGUCAAAGAUGAUGACAAGCAACUUCUCAACAUAGACCCAAUACCCUCAGAGCUAUUGCUGGACACAUACAAGAGGAAGAUUGCAGAUGAAGGAAGGCUCUUCUUGGAAGAAUUUCAGAGUAUUCCUAGAGUUUUCAGUAAAUUUUCUAUAAAGGAGGCCAAAAAGAGCUAUAAUCAGAACAAAAACCGUUACAUUGAUAUCCUUCCGUAUGACCAUAACCGUGUUGAGCUCUCAGAGAUGCCAGGAGAUCCAGGAUCAGACUAUAUCAAUGCAAGUUAUAUUGAUGGCUUCAAAGAACCAAGAAAGUACAUUGCUGCACAAGGCCCCAAGGAUGAAACCACAGAUGAUUUCUGGAGGAUGAUCUGGGAACAGAAGGCCACGAUUAUUGUCAUGGUGACUCGCUGUGAGGAAGGAAAGAGAAACAAAUGUGCCCAGUACUGGCCAUCAAUGGAGAAUGGAACUGCAACAUAUGGAGACAUCAUUGUGAAGAUCCAUGAAAGUAAAACAUGUCCAGACUAUGUCAUUCAGAAACUGCACAUCACAAAUGGAAGAGAAAGGACAGCUGGAAGAGAUGUCACUCAUAUCCAAUUCACAGGCUGGCCAGACCAUGGAGUCCCUGAGGAUCCACAUCUCCUUCUCAAACUCCGACGCAGAGUUAACGCUCUCAGCAACUUUUUUAGUGGUCCGAUUGUGGUUCAUUGCAGUGCCGGCGUGGGGCGCACUGGGACGUACAUAGGGAUCGAUGCCAUGCUGGAGGGGCUGGACGCGGAAGGCAGGGUGGAUGUCUAUGGCUACAUCGUGAAACUGCGGCGCCAGCGGUGCCUCAUGGUCCAAGUAGAGUCACAGUACAUCCUUAUUCAUCAAGCACUGGUGGAAUACAAUCAGUAUGGAGAAACAGAGAUUAGUCUCUCAGAACUGCAUUCCUCCCUUAACAAUCUGAAAAGAAAAGACCACCCGAGUGAUUCUUCUCUGCUGGAGGCAGAGUUCCAGCGAUUGCCUUCCUAUAAGGGGUGGCGGACACAGAACACUGGGAAUCGUGAGGAAAAUAAAAGCAAAAAUAGGAAUGCCAACGUGAUUCCUUAUGACUUCAACCGAGUGCCCAUCAGGCACGAAGAGGAUUGCGGUAAGGAGGGUGAGCACGAUUCCGAUGAGUCCUCGGAUGAGGACAGCGACUGUGAGGAAUCCAGCAGAUACAUCAAUGCUUCCUUCAUAACUGGUUACUGGGGUCCAAAAGCCAUGAUUGCAACACAGGGACCACUGCAGGAAACAAUCUCUGACUUCUGGCAAAUGGUAUUCCAGAGAAAAGUCAAAGUUGUUGUUAUGCUGACAGAGCUGAAGGAAGGAGAUGAGGAACUCUGUGCACAGUACUGGGGAGAAGGAAAGCAAACGUAUGAUGGCAUAGAAGUUCAAAUGGCAGAUGUCAACUCUGGUCCUAGCUAUACCAUACGUGCAUUUGAUAUUGCACAUCUGAAGACAAAAGAAACUCAGAAGGUGUAUCAGUAUCAGUACCAUAAGUGGAGUGGCUGUGAUGUUCCAGAAGUCCCCAAAGAUUUAGUCAGCAUGAUUCUCAACAUUAAACAAAAACUUCCAGCCAGACCAGUCUCUGAGGACAACAGGAGAACCCGCAGUGUCCCACUCCUUGUCCACUGCUGUGAUGGAUCACAGCAGACUGGUGUAUUUUGUGCUUUAAUGACCCUUUUGGAAAGUGCAGAAAUAGAAGAAGUAAUAGAUGUUUUUCAAGUAGUAAAAUCUCUUCGUCGCACCAGGCUGGGAAUGGUCUCCACCUUUGAACAAUACCAAUUUCUGUAUGACACCAUUGCCAGUACUUACCCUGCACAGAAUGGACAAAUAAAGAAGAACAGCCAGCAGGAAGAUAAAGUUGAAUUUUGCAGUGAAGUAGGAAAAUCAGAUCAGGAAACUGAUCUGAUCACAACUGAUCUUGCCCCACCACGGCCGGGGGAAAUUGAGCCACCUGAAAUAUGUGAUGAUUCUAAGGCUGCAGAUGGCACUAAGGAAACAGAAAGCUCUACAAAUGGCCCCACAACUGCAGUUCUAACUUAGAGCUAGACUUAAAAAAAUGUGCUUUUUCACAUGAAAAGAAUCUUAAGCAAAAUGAGAGGUAUAAGGUUUUUCCCUCUUCCCACUUUUUUUUUUAAUGUUUAGUUAUUUUGGAUUUUGAAAGGUACAAAUUUAAAGGAAUACUUGAAACUUGUAGAGAGUGACAAAGAACUGUGGAAUUUUAAUUUUUGUGUAGAUUUGCAUUUAAUACUUCUUCAGAAACCUUCACUAUUUUUAUACUUUUCAUUUUAGAAAACAUGUACAGUGUCAUACUAUGCUGAGCAGUGCAAAGCAAUUUUUUUUAUUUCUGUAACAAGGAAAAAAGCAACUCAGAACAAGAUUAUUGAGUUGCAAGAACAGGUCUGUCCUCAAAACUACUAGCAAGUAAGUGAGCCUAUUGGUAAGCAUAUAUUCUAGUAUUUCAGGACUAAUGAGAGCAUUAAUAAUACUCUUGGGACUUGGGAGACUUUGCCACAUAGUUUUAAGAGCUUAUUAAUUAUAUCAUGUGGCAAUUCCAAUGAAUUCAGGCUUACAAAGGGUUUGUAAAUCCUCCCAUAUCAAUGCAGAAUAUAAAUUUUUGCAUUUUUCUAACUGUCCUCAAGGUGUCCUUAUUGCUCCACAUAUAUUAAUUUGAUACUCCUAUAGGAGUUUGGAGAUCAGCAUUUGAAUCUUUGCAACAGUUCUGGUGGAAAACACAUCCUGUUUACUCUUAGAGCUUAAAAUACUGACUGCUUGCACAUCUAUUUCUUAUGCUUACUUUUAUUUAAAUGACAACUUCCAUGAAUGCCUCCAGGCCCUUUUCAGAAAUGGAAAAUACUUUGAUAAUUUUCUUCAAAAUUUGUGGAUUUUUUAUUGA